UUCAUUUUCUAGCUAUUUUUUGACCCAUGAUGCAGGUGCAUCCUAGAUUCCAGUUCAUUCUAUAUUCCAUUGAUUCCAUUCAUCCAGUUAUUUCGCUCUUAAGAGUAGUCGGAAGUGAUGGAUUCGGCUUGUCAAAAUUCCGAUUUAAAUGGCAAAUAUUUGCUCGGUCAAUUAAAUAUAGCCAGGAAAGAAAUUAAUAACUUAAGGCAACAAAUUAAAACACUUCGUUAUAUACAUGAGAAAGACGUUGAUACUAUAAAGCGUCUUUUAGAAUCAUACCAGAAUGGAGGAACAAUAUCUUCAGAAACAAAAGUUAUAUCCUUAGACGAUGUCAAACCUAGCACCAGUGCAGACGAUGAUGCUAUAAAAUUAAAACCAAUUGGAGUAAUAUCUACUUGGUUUCCUAGCAAACGUGGCACUCCUAGACAAACAGGAAUUUGUGGAAAAGUACCAGGGAAAUUGCUGCUAUAUAAUUCAAUAUAUACCAAUCCUGAUCAUGCUGUUGAAGGAUUACAAGAUUUUUCACACAUGUGGGUUUUAUUCUACUUCCAUAGGAAUGAUUCAACACAUAUUCGGGCUAAAGUCGCACCACCAAGACUGAAUGGUACAAAAACUGGUGUGUUCUCCACAAGAUCUCCUCAUCGUCCAUGUCCGAUUGGUUUAAGUUUAGUAAAGAUUACAAAAAUAGAGAAUCAUACAAUUUAUUUUGAAGGUGUGGAUAUGGUAGAUCAGUCGCCUGUAUUGGAUAUAAAACCUUAUAUACCACAGUACGACAGUCCGAUAUAUUUCGAGAAAUUAAGUAAUAGAUCGCAGGAAUCUAACAUAGAUAACACGUUUGGGUGCAUUGAAGAGACUACCAACUUAAGUAGAAAUCAAACGUUCAAUGCUAACAUUCAUCUUGAGCAUGAAACAAGGAGUCUGCUUUCAGACUCUUAUUAUAGAAAGAACACCAAUGAAACUAAUCAAGAGGCAGACGUUUCCAGGGACGAAGAAAUUGCUUUAAGAUUACAAGCAGAAGAGUUCCAAAGGAAUUCAAACUUUGAAAAUUAUAACAGUGUCAGGCAUUUUUCUGAAUUAAGCGAUAUUAAUUUACAUGAUAAUGGAACAUUAGAACAGAGCAUGAAUGUAACUGGUAUACACAGAACAUAUCAUACUUUGUCUGAUGUGUCAGCUAAUGAAAGAACAAACAUAAACAUAUCCACUGGACAAAAUAUACUUUCAUCAAACUUAGAACAACAAUCGGAAAGUCUAGUAGAUAUAAGCAAUAGAUUACAAAAUUCUAACAUAAGUGGCCCCGCAAAUGUCGACUCAACGCGUUCGUUAAAUGCAAGAAUUGACAAUUCUCCUGUAAGAAUGGGAGUACGAGAGGCUCCUGAUGGAGAAGAGGGCCUGGAAUCGCAAACGCUUGUUCCCUCGCAAAGUUUGUCAAAUGUUGAUGUGGCAAGGACCACAUCGAAUAAUAGUUUACCUGACACUACAGACACAAAUUCAGUUAUUUCUACUGAGCCAAGAAGUAUUGAAAUUAGGGAUACAGAAGCUAAUUCGUCUGCAGAAGUACGAAUUCCAGAGUGGAUAUCAAGACCUCGAACACCUCUAUGCGUAAUAUUUAACGAUCGAGCACUGAUCCAAUUAAAUGAAAUUUUAGGCAUAAAAAUUAAUGACCAAAAGGUAACAAUUGAAAAUGUACUUCGCGAAGAUCCUAGAUCUGUGUAUUUGAGACAACGAUGGGGUAGUCAGUUUUACACAUUUUUGAUUCAUGACUUACAUAUUACUUGUAGAUUCGACGACAACAGAGGUGUAGUUACAGUUUUUCACGUUAGACACGCAGGUCGUAUUUGUGAAUGUGGAGAACCUGAGUGGCAAUGUUUGGGUCAUUCCCCACCACCAUCAUAA